CGCCGGAAUCAGUUUGUUUGUGGACUCAGAAGUCGCCGGACGUGUGCGAACGGCACAGAAUCGAGAUUAAGAACGAUCCGCAAAAGAUACAGAUACCGAAAGCGAUAUACGAGUGAAAGUGUACCGCCUUACUGGAGUUACUAAAGAUACAGAUACUGAGAUACUCACAGAUUAGGCAAUAUAUAAGAUAGCCAUGGAGGGCCUGCCACGCGCAUUAAACUACGAGCUCUCGCAUGAUUUGCAUUUCGACCAGUACGCCGCUGGCGAAGUGGCCCAACAGAUCCUGAACAGCGGGAAGAGUUCUCCCCCGGCAGAAGCAUCCACGCCCACGAUCUCCCUGGCCAACAGUGACUUCCUGAAGCAAAUCGGCGCCCAGAUCCUGAGCUCCAUUCAGCUAAAGCAUCGCCACCAGCUACCCAAGAACUCCAGCGAGGAGGCCAUGGACUUCGACCUGGCCAACCGGGUGGUGCUGGACAGCAGCAGUGUGGACCAGUUGCAGCAGCAGCUGGAGCACGACAAGUUCAUGAACGAGGUCUGGAUCGGCAUCGUCUUCACCCUAAUCCUCAUCUCGAUGGUGUUCUGCAUCUGCUCCUGCUUCCUGUACCACCAGUUCCGCACCUGGAAGCGCAAUUAUCGCAACAAUGCAACCAACUCGACGCAGUGCACCAUUGUGGAUAUUGAGGCGCUGAAGCUGCAUCCGGAGACGGAGGAUCCAGUGCCGGAAUACACACUGGUAUCUGGGCUGCCCAGCUACGAGGCGGCCCUGGAGCUGUUGCAGAAAACACCACAAUCUCAGUGCCUGAUUGUGUACCCCAGUGUGUUCAAUGUCUUCAAUAGGCAAGAGCGGGCUAAUUCGGAUUCGCCGGCAGGGCAGGCAGCCGUGGAAAGUGCGGCUCUGCCACAAACACCGUCGUUGUGCGAGGCAACAACACCGCUGCUCCCGGCCACGGCAGCAACACCAACAGUUACACCAGCAACACCUACACCACCAGCAGCAGCAGCGACAGCAACAACAGCCACAGCAACAGUUACAACGCCCACAUGCGAGGCGAUUAAGCCAAGUUAUGUGAUGAUGCCAAUUGUGCCCAGUUAUUCGGAGGUAUUCGGCAGCUCCUACAAGACCGUCGACGAGAAAAAGAAAUCGAAAUCGAAAGACAGCCAGGUGAAAUACGAUGUCAAGCGGUAAAUGCCAUCUGUGGGGGAUCUGUGUCGAAGCUACGCUUACGCAUUGUAUCUCUCGGAUAGCGAACCCAAUUAACUGAGCUCUGUGAUAUUUUCCUCCAUUCAUUCUUCAUUCAUGCUGCUGCAACUAAACUAAGCGCUGUGAUUAUCAAAAAGACGACAACGUUACUGAAACAGACUUCUCGGAUUGUACUUAACGUCUUUGUAUCCGGUACUUAAGAAACUUGAGAGAAGCACACAUUGUUAUUAGUAAUAAGUAGGCCACAAACUAAUUAAUAAAUUAUACAUAACAAAUUUAA